GGAGUGGAACUCGUUCUGUGAGAUGAACCACCCGCUCUACAACCACCUGCUGGAGGGCGUCGGCCCCAUGGACGGCACCAGCCCCGGCGUCCCCGACCGCCGCCUCGGGGAGGACGGCACCCACACCAUGUACCGGGACGCCGAAGGCCCGGUGCUGAUGCUGGGGGCGGCGACCAACGGGAAUUGGGAGGGCGAGUGGGACCAGUGGAGCCGCUCGGCCGCCGCGGAGGACACCCGCAACGGCCGCGCCUUCCUCAAGAAGCAAGGCUGGAAGUCCGUGCAGGGGUACGUGAACCUGCAGAGCUGGUUCCAGGAGC